AUGUCGUACCGACGUCCUGUCAAACCGUCUGCAAGGGAACGGCAGCACAACUGGAGAGAUAAAUUCAAAGAACAAUGUGCCGAACGAGUGAAACAAGCACGACAGCAAGCCACCACGCGAAGGCGCGAAGAGACUUGGAUGCAACAUAUUAUCCUACAAGAAUGGGAAACGUUCAAGCGCACCAAUGAAGAAGCUUUGCAACGCGAAGGCGUAGGCCUAGAUACCAACUUGGACGCAUUCGAAGCCAACCUAUACCAGGAACUUCAAGACGAGUACGAUCCAACAUAUGAUGAAAUGAUGCAAGAAGAGGAAGCUCAGUUAGCGAGAGCUUUUGAAGAUUACCAACAAACCUCGGGGUUGCAAUAUCCAAACUCUUGUGUAUGUCUAAAAUGCCGUCAGUCUUUACUACAACCUACUGUAUCCAACGGUCAAAACUGCUUUUACUGUAAUCAAUGCGGAUUUCACGUUCUACAAGAGACGCUGACAAGUAUACAGCGGACCAUGAAGGAACAUGAUCUACAAUGUAACGGUGCGUUCAACUGCAUGGUGGAACCAGGCACGAAUGAUUCGAUUAUUGGUGUUUGUGAUAUUUGUGAUCUAUGGGCAGUGUUCUGA